UCCUUGACUUCUCUUCUUCUUCUUCUUCUCUCUCCCACAUUCUUCUCCUGGUUUUCUUGAUCUGCUUCUCUCUCUUGUCUCUCUGAACUUAUGGAAACGAGCAGAGCUGAGGGAAAGCGGAGCUCGAGGCACAGGGAGGAGGAAGACGAAGACGAAGAAGUAGAAGAAGACGAUGAAGAAGAGACAGAGAGUGAACUUGGCUCUGGAGAAGAACAUGGAAGAAAGAGAAGGGUUAUAACAAAUACAUACAGCAAGAGAGGCCCCAAACCAGGAAGCUCGUCGUCGGCGCCGCCACCGUCUUGUCAGGCCGAUGAUUGCCACACUGAUCUGAGCACCGCGAAACCGUAUCACCGGCGACACAAGGUCUGUGAGUACCACGCCAAAGCUCCGGCCGUACUCAUUUCAGGGCAUGAGCAACGCUUUUGCCAGCAAUGCAGCAGGUUUCAUGAGCUUUCAGAGUUUGACAACUCAAAACGGAGUUGUAGAAGGCGUUUGGCUGGGCAUAAUGAGAGACGUCGAAAGGUUGCAUCAGAUUGUCAAGGAGAAGGCUAUCAUUAAUUAAUUAAUUAAUUAAUUAAUUAAAAUCUCAAUAGUUAUAUUAAUCGAUCGAGAUAAACUCUUCCAUGAAACAACCACCAUAUUGGAAUUUAUGUUAUUUUUCUCUUGGGAUGCUCUCUCUCUUCUGUCAAUUAUAUUUUUUAACUAGAGCUUUGCAAGAAGCAUAUUUUCAUAGAGUCAAUUUAAUAAUGCUUGAACAUUAUCUUCUUCGUAGUUAUUUGAUUUAGACUAAACUAUUUUCAGUAUAUAUACUUUUUGUC